AUUAUCUCUGAAUUCUUUUCCCGCCUCGGUGCACCAUCGGCCUUUCAGCCCCUCAUUCUCAAACCUAGAUCAUUUCAUAGUGCCUCCUACCCUCCUCACGAGAUCGGCCCUCCAGCCAAUCGACGGACUUAAUUAAGAAUCCCGACUUAGGCUUGCCGAUCAAAAGUCCAGAGAAGUCCCUACGAUGGACAAAACAACAACAACCCUGUAGCUGACCUGCUUGGGUCGCAGCCUGGCUCCUCCUUAACCCAGCACAAAGAAUGGAGCACGAUGUGCCCCCACGUGGGUAACUGGCGUGGUCACGUGAUCUGAGAUGCGCCUCCAGUGGCGGAGGAAUGCGGGUGAUUGGUCUGUUUGUACCACGUGACCGAAAGCUCAGCCUUCCCAGCCUUCUCCGUGACUCCGGGGCACUGAAGGCCCCAAUCCUCCAUUCUUGGGCUGUUCAUCGCUAUGCCAGAAUCACGACUCCUUCUGCCACCUUGACCGGAGAUCCCAGAGCUGUCUAAGAGAGAACAAAAUCAGUGGAGAAGGCUGGGCUGGACCAUGGGAGAGAGGCAGAGGAACGGAUAGGAAUUUAAGGAGCAGAUGCCGACUCAGUGUUCCUGGCAGUUAAGAGAACAGGUCCUCGAAGGGGCCUUGAUGGGUCGCCGUGACGACAGGGGUUGGAGCUGGCGCCGGCGCGCUACCAGCGGGAAUUCUUUGGUAUCUGUUCUGGUGCGUGCUGCUCCUUAGCAGUCACCGACUCGUUUUCUUCAGCGACCCAGAGUCUGCGUCCCAGCACGGACUGGUGCGGGCUUCACGGCCCCAGUGGUAGCUAGGAGCCAUGCCGGCGGUUUUGGGUUUUGAAGGCAGCGCCAACAAGAUUGGCGUGGGAGUAGUACGGGAUGGCGUGGUGCUGGCGAACCCGCGGCGGACUUACGUCACGCCUCCAGGCACAGGAUUCCUUCCAGGUGCUACUGCCAGGCACCACCGAGCUGUUAUCCUGGACCUGCUGCAGGAGGCACUAACAGAGGCUGGAUUAACCUCCAAGGAUAUUGAUUGCAUUGCAUACACCAAAGGUCCUGGCAUGGGUGCCCCACUGGUUUCUGUGGCUGUCGUAGCCCGUACUGUGGCUCAGUUGUGGAAUAAGCCAUUGCUGGGUGUUAACCACUGCAUAGCCCACAUUGAGAUGGGCCGCCUCAUCACUGGAGCCACCAGCCCAACUGUGCUAUAUGUCAGUGGAGGAAAUACACAGGUGAUUGCGUAUUCAGAACAUCGUUACCGCAUCUUUGGGGAAACCAUCGAUAUUGCUGUGGGUAAUUGUCUGGAUCGUUUUGCUCGAGUGCUGAAGAUUUCCAAUGACCCAAGUCCAGGCUACAACAUUGAACAGAUGGCAAAGCGAGGCAAGAAGCUAGUUGAGCUGCCAUACACUGUAAAGGGGAUGGACGUCUCAUUCUCAGGGAUCUUGUCUUUCAUUGAGGAUGUAACCCAGCGGAUGCUGGCCACGGGCGAGUGUACUCCUGAGGAUCUGUGUUUCUCCCUGCAGGAAACUGUGUUUGCAAUGCUGGUAGAGAUCACAGAGCGAGCCAUGGCACAUUGUGGCUCCCAGGAGGCCCUCAUCGUGGGAGGUGUGGGGUGUAAUAUGAGGUUACAGGAAAUGAUGGAGACAAUGUGCCAGGAGCGUGGAGCCCGGCUUUUUGCCACAGAUGAGAGAUUCUGCAUUGACAAUGGAGCCAUGAUAGCCCAGGCUGGCUGGGAGAUGUUUCGGGCUGGACACAGGACUCCUCUCAGUGAAUCUGGGGUCACACAGAGGUAUCGGACAGAUGAAGUAGAAGUGACCUGGAGGGACUGACAAGGUUAACAGAAUCGGAGUAGAUAGCGCCCUACGUGGAGACCAAGGGACCCUGGGCCUUAAUCUUUAUCCUGACAUGAGAAUCCUGGCAAGGCUGUGGAUGCCCCUCUCCUAUCAUUUGAACCUCAAGAUGACUCAGCAUUAAAAACAUUUUUGUUUUUA